CACAGAGCAUUAGUGGUUUGAACGUCGCGAAGUGUGGAUACGCUCGCUGGUCCACACCUAAACCUCACAAACUAAGCCCUACUCCUCGCAGCGCUAGUGUGCAGUUUUGUUUUUUUUUCAUCCUGCAAGGAAUAUAUAUAAGCGGUGCUUAAAGAAAGAGUGUGUGCUCUCUACUACUAACGGUGUGGCUUUUAGUUGUCCCGUGUUAAUUUUUUUUUAUUCGUUACAUAAAAUCAACUCAAAGCCUCGUCUGUUUUAUCGAAGGAAACACAAUAUCUACCUAUAAUAAUAAUCAUAUCGCCGACCAACCUUCCAACACCUUUGGAUCUGUAAAUGGAUUGCCGCCGAUAGGUGGAUCAAUAAAAUAUAUUUAUAAAAAAAUAUAAAAAAAUUUACUCCUCUUUGGAUAGUGUGUGACGCAAAGUUCUUCUACCCUCACAAUCAACCGUGUGAGACAAAAGUCUAUUUCCAAGAAGUACGUAUAUAUAUACUUAUAUAUAUUAAGUAAAUAUAUCGCUCCUUGGCCUUAACAACAACAGAGAGCAACGCCGAUUUCAUGAGGCUUGAAGGUGAGGCUCAAGUCCCCGUCGACCCAGAGAGUUGGAUUCCAAAAGUUGGUCUGAAGGAUUUACAAGUUUGACAAGGCCACCACCACCACCACCACCACCACCAACGCGUGCGCUUGUUCGCUCGCUCGCUCACACACACACUCACACUCUCUCACUCUCCUCUUUGUUGGGGGACCCCUCUUCAGACUAUAAGAGAAAAAAAUAUAAUUAGCAUGGAUGCUCUAUUUUUUAACGCUGGGAGUGUUGGUUUGGUCAAAAGUGACCUUAAGAUGGACGGCGUUGCCACACACGAACACAUGAAUGGUACCUCAGUUGCCUCACAAGGAGGAUCUUCUGGACGGUCAUCGCCCUCAGAUCCUGCCCCAAACAAGAUGUUUGUGGGUGGCCUCUCUUGGCAGACAACCCCUGAAAAACUUCGUGAAUAUUUUGGUGCCUACGGGACAGUGAGAGAUGUUCUUAUCAUGAAAGACCCUGUCACACAGAGAAGUCGUGGAUUUGGCUUUAUCACCUUUGGGGAUGCAAGCAGCGUUGAGAAAGUUAUAAGUGUCCCUAACCAUGUAUUAGAUGGGAAAAAGAUUGACCCCAAACAUGCCACACCCAAAAACAAGGGUCGCACAAACCGCACCAAGAAGAUCUUUGUAGGUGGGGUCAGCCAAGAAACCAGUGCUGAGGAAGUCAAAGCUUAUUUCUCCUCUUUUGGCAAAGUUGAAGAAGCAGUUAUGCUUAUGGAUAAUCAGACAAAGCGACACAGAGGCUUUGGCUUUGUGACCUUUGAGUGCGAAGACGUCGUAGAACGUGUGUGCGACAUUCAUUUCCACACCAUCAAGAACAAAAAAGUUGAAUGCAAAAAGGCCCAGCCAAAGGAAGCAGUUCAGGCUGCAUCAUUACUAUCAAAACGCCUUCUUGUAGGCCAGACAGGACUCGCCACCCCUGUUGUCACAGCUCACUCGGCUCAACAGAUUCAAGCUGCUGCAGCUGCUGCUGCUGCUGCACAAGCUGCUGCUCUUAGUGGCUAUGGGAAAUUAGUGGGUGGUGCUUCCUAUCCUCCUCUCUCAGCAUACCGUUACACUCCAUAUCCUCUUCCAUCUGCUGCUGGUGGUCCCCCAACUGCUGGGCUUCCAGCUGGUCCUACUUUAACUGCAGUUUCAGCUGCUCCCACAAUUGCUAACCAAGCAGCAGCUUUCUCUACCCCUGCCACCCCAACCUUGCCCACUCUCUCAACACAUGCAGGGCUCACUACCCCUUAUCAGGGUUACUCACUCACUAAUGUGGACAUGAGUUCCUUCCAAGGUGUUGACUGGAGUGCCAUGUACGGUGUGGGUAUGUAUGCUUAGUCGUGUACACCUACAUUUCUCACGUCCACCAGAAAUUGACCAUGACUUAGUAACCUUACCCACCCACCGUCCUCAGUUUAGCUUUUUUUUUUUUUUUUUUUUUUUUUUUUUUUAUAUUUUUUGUCAAUUUUGGUUUUAUGUUUUUUACAUUACCUUCUUGCGCUGGAAUAAUGCACACUUAGUCCAGCCCACCCAUCGUGCCGUUGUGAGCUCUCCCUUGCACCAGAUAUUCUCAGCCUCAGGGAAUUGUGCAUAAUUUUAAGUUGUCCUUUGUGUAACAUUUCCUCUUAUCCCUUCUUGGCUGUUUCUCCACCUCCACAUCACCCAACCUCUUCCAAACUAUUCAGCUUGUCCUUUUAUUCUUUGCUUUUCAGUGCUUUGUCAAAUUAUGGUGGCCUUGCGAGCCUUUUUGUGACUGACUUGAGUGCCAUAUCGGAAUGAUGAUGGGCUUGGGCUGGGCUGACUGUGAAUUGAAUUUCUGGUAUACAUACUUCCACCCGAGUAGAUCUCUACAGUACUUAGUAUUAUGUCUCUCUAGGCAGUGUGCACCUGAUGCCAUUGCCAAACACUUAGUCCAUGUACUUAAGGCAUUUCUCAAACAUUUUGUUUUAUUUAUUUUUGUUAGUAAUAUAUGCGUAAGUGUCAGUGCUAAGCAUACUUGCCCAGGCCAAGCUAGAAAAAUAAUUGAAACUUGGACCUGCUCAAUGUGAACAAAGGAAGAUGUAAAUAUUUGUGUAUGGAUAAAUUUUUUUUUUUGCAGGCUAUUUAAAGGUCUUGGCACAUAGUUUGAAAGGGGGAUUGCCCAAGUCUUGCCAAGUAGAAGCCUUGUGUGUGUGGGCUCCUCCUCCACAUUGGGGAAGCCUCUUUGGCUAUGCCCCUCUUGCAGUACAAGAAAGGGCUAAUAGGGUCUUAUUUGGUGCAGCCAAAUAUUCUUUUAAAAGAUUUGCAUGAUAUUGGGGAUCAAGAUUUUAGAUUUGAAUUAGUGUUAAGGUCACAAGUGUUUAAAACAGGGCCUGGGAUGUAGAGUCCCACAUGUCCUUGUGUUUAAGAAGAAUUCAUUAAGUCAGUGGAGUUGGUCCCCUGCUGGCUACAUUCCACACUGGUCAGUGAAGUUGGCCGCUGCAGUCAGUUGAGCGGCUGGGACUAGCUUACUAUAGCAAAAUGCGUAGUAAUAAGUGCGAAGCAAUACUCAGUGUGUGCGUUGCGUUUGCUUCUCAAGUCUUCUCUGUGAAACACAUAACACCUCAGUGGUACUUGCUGUGUUACACCCCCAUGUACCUUGUUCCUUGUCCUAGACUUCCAACUUCCAGCCACUCUCACCCUGAUCAUCCACCCACCCACCCAAUUACACAGCCCACUUGCCAUGUGCAGCAGUAAGCAUGCACCCAAAUCUGCGGUCUUCAGCAGCAACUGUAUGCGCAUCAGUACAUCAUCACAAGUGCACAUGGCAUUGUAACCUUUGCAGCCAUGAUUGUGCAUUUUGAUGCACAUGGGGACCUCGGAGGCCUGGUCUUGGGGUCGCCUCGAAGAAGUAAGUAUGGGAGCUAAGUUUUCUCCACCUCGCCAUCUGAUGUUAGCAAGCGACAACCACGGUAACAACCAUCUGGCAUGCCACGUAUCCAUUAAUAUCCUUCUAGGCCUGUCUAGGAAGUCUGGUACCAAUGUAGGCAGCAUUUUAACAUUUUGAUACUUAAUUUUGCACCACAUGGAAUGACCAGCAAAACCAUGUAGGCCUUUUAUAAAUUACUUCUAUUGUAUAUCACUGAUCUCUGUUUCAUGUCUUUGCAUAGGCCUAGAUGAGCCAAUAGCUUAGAAUGUAAUGUACAUAGCUUUAUGUGUGGUAAUAUUACAUACAAGGAUUCCAUUGGUUGGAUAUAAGGCUGAUUUUAGACUGAAAAUAUGGUAGCCUAGGUGUCUGGGAUACAGUGUGUUAUUAUUUUGAGAUUGUGGCUGUUGUGCAACAGAUGAACAUGGAAUGCCUAGAGUUGUCCUCUCCACCUGCCUCUGUAACCCCGUGUGUGUGUGUGUAUGCGUGCGUAUAAGAUGGAACAGGGUAGGAACUUCUCUGGGAUAUAUACACAUUUCAAGUUAUUUUUCCUAAAUAUAUACUUUUAUUAUAUUGUGCAGGUGAUUACUGCACUAAUUGGCCUUGGUAAAGGCGAGUUAGUUUGUGCUUCCUGUUAAGUUUUAAUAUAUGGAACAUGCUUUUAUUUACAAUAAUUGUAUUUAUUUCUUUUGUCAAGUCUUAGAGCCCAUAUAAAUUAGUGCAAGUUCCUAUCCUGUUUCCCCUAGGAUAAGGAUAAGUAUUGUGGAGGAGGUUGAGACGUGCUGAAGUGUUAUGUCGCAGCUUGCCAACCAUGAUUUCAUAUCCUUCCUGGGGCGUCAAGACCACCCUGAUAAGUUGCCUCCUGUGUAUUACGCUGUAUUUUCAUCAUAUGUAAUUGUUCAGUGAUGUUGACCCCACAGCUCUGGGAUCAUUUGCCGCUUCUGGUAUGUCAGUCAGUUUGUAGAGUUGGGUCUUUUUAUUUAUUUAUUUUUUUUUUAUCCUGAUAUUAAGCAUUAUUCAGCUCAUAGAUUAGAUGACAAGUCUCUCAAACUACUGCAUUCUUUUCCCUUUGCUUGUGGUCUUUGCUUUUUAAAGCUGUAGAGGAUUAUGUCUAAACUAAAACAAAUUGCUUUUGCAUUCCUGUUGGACUUCUGUGAGCUGAAGUGUUUAACUACCUUCUUUCCUCUGGGGUUUGUACACUAGUAUAGCAACUCAUCUUUAGCCUAAACCACCUGUAGUUAAUGAGGAAUAUAUUUCUUCAUUCUUCUUUUGAAUGUACCACUUUGGAUCUUAAUUUUUAUUAAUUGAUUGAAUUUUUUUUUUUUUUUUACCGUGGUAAUCUAACUUCUACGUUGCUAGCCAAGCACUGUCUAUCGGAUAGAUUCGAGUCGCUCCAUUAUAUAUUACCCGUAGCCCUGUCUUAUACCUAAUUGUGUACUUAAUGGGGUGUGUUGAAAAGACAUCAAUUUUCAAAUCUAGUCAUACCAGAUGUGAUGCUUAGUUUUUUUUUUUUUUUUUUUUUUUUUUUUUUUUUUUUUUUUUUAUUGUAUUUUGAAGUAGAACUGCAUUUAAAAUAGUUUGCCUUAGAUAAUUGUGGAUGUCCCGUAGUACUGCAGUACAGUAAUUUUUGAAUGUGUAAAGAUAUGACAUGUGCCUAAUGGAUAUUUCUCCUCAAGGAAACCCUUCUACAUUAUAUUGAACUUCCAUUUUUUUUUUUAAGCCUGCCCUCCCCUCAUUUUUAAAGUAACAUUCUUUUUUGCAAUUCUUUGAAUCAGAUGCUAAAAAUACAUUUUUGAAGUAAAUUAAUGCUGUAUUGAGAACUUCUUUGUUAGUGAGGUUCCACUCACAUAAUUUUGGGACAGAUUUUUUUAAACUUUAAGAGAAAAGUUUUUGUAAUGUUCCUCCCAAGUAAAAGAGACUUGGCUUUUAAAGUUUCUAUGCCUUUAAAUGGUUUAAUUUAAGUUUGAUACCUUAUUUUCUUUUACUAUUAGAGGUAGUGACAAGGGCGGUAGAUAGUGCAGUGGUUACCAAUGCCCCAGUCCCCUUUCCCUUCCCCUCCCUGAGGUGCUACAUGGGCCAGUUUUAUUAGCCCUCUUGCGGACCAAAUAAAUCAGAUGAAGCAAUAAGUGUUAUUAUUUUUUCAUAAUGGGAGUAAAUAAAGUUACCAGUGGGAAAAUUAGUAUUUUUACACUCAUUCAACAAACCCUUUUGCUCAAUCACCCUGUGCUCGGUUGGAAUUGCUCCAACUGUGAGCAUAGGCAAAGAUGAGUUGACAGUGUUGCUCCUUUGGUAGGAAGAUGGAGCCCCAGAGGAAAUCAGGUGGAAAGAAGGUACAAAAUGGAAAUCUUGAAGAGGUAAAUAGAUUAAGGUAAAAAAAAAAGAAUAGAUAUAGAAGGAAGGGAUAAGCUGUAGAAGAUCUGCCAUCUAUGUCUACUCUUGCAACCUAAUGUUACUUGGAUUAUGUAAAGAAACAUGUUGAAGGUAAUGGCAAACCAGCCAGCAGGCUUGUGACCCCAGUAGCGAGAUGGGUGUGUGGUGGUGUGGUGGUUGUGUUGGACAACCACAGUUCACUCCUUGAAAAAGAGCCAAAUUUAAACCUUAGAAAAUUUUAAAAUAAUAAGGGUGAACCAAAGUGGAAACAAACUUGGAUUCUCAGUGUUAUCAUAUUGAAGAUAAUGAAACAAAUGCUGUAUUCUUGAUUUGCUAUGUUUAUAUGAUAAGGAAGUGUUCAGUGUUUUCACUGUAUGUGAGGUUGCAUUGUCUUAAUUUAUUAGUCAUUAGGUGCAGAAGCAACAUUUGAGCUCUGAAGGCAUUAUGAUCACAUUAGAAUGUAAGAAGAAAUAAACUUAGGAUAAUUUUCAUUACUGUCAUAGAUGAUGGCUGGCCAUUUGGUUUUAUUUUUGGCAGAUGACUGAAAUUCGAUGGUCCCUGUGCUAGUUUAGCGAGAGGCAGCUAGAUUUGAGUGAAUAUUUGGCAAGUGUUGUUUCAGACAUCAGAUUGACUAGUUACAAUUACUUACCGUAACCUAGUUAUGCAUCUGAACAAAACUUGAGCCAUUUUGGGAAUAUGUUAGGUUAACGGGUGCCAUAUUGUGAUUUAGGGUGGGGUAAUAAAUGGGUCAGUUAUAUAUAGUUUCCAUGGACCAAGUAGAUAAAUAUUUAUUCUGCAAAAUAUAUUAUUAGAUGAAGUGAAUGUUAGUUUGAUGUUGUGUUUUAGCCUAGAGAUCAGUUGUAAGGAACCAGCUGUCUUAUUUAAUUUUACUUUUAUAAUGCUCUUGGUCUUCAGCCUUGGCAGCUUUUGAGUGACCUGAAUAGGCCAAUGGCAGUUCUAGUACAGUAAAUAGUAGUUUGUGUGUGCAUCAUAUAAGAAUGUUUUGCAACUCAAGAAUUACAUUCUCCCUUUUGCAAGUUGCAAAUUAGUUUCCAUUCUUUCAACACUGAGCAUGUAUAGUAAAGUUAAUAGUGCACAGUUUGUUAAAUAUAUGCUUUUGACAGCAUAACUAAAUUUUGAAUCCCUCAAGUACAGUGCAUCAGCUUGGAUCCCUGUCUGCUAGUUCAUUUAAAGACCGAUGAUACUAUAAUUUGUAAACUACUCUAUUUGCUAUACAUAUUGAUAUGUGCCAUCCAUAGAGUCUUGAUAACCUAAGGUAAUUAGAGGCACAGGCGGCCUGGGUAUUCUACUUUAGAGCAGCUGGUUUCACGCUCCUGAGUGUCUUCCUGAGUGUGGGAUAUAUAUCAUAUUACUUAUCAACCUUCCUGUUAUAUAUUGUACAGUCAGCUUAGGAGGACACUGUAACUACUUAAUGAGAACCACAUCUCAUUUUUCUUUUCCCUUCUCAUUCCCACAAAAAUAUAUACCGGGUCACAAUUUGCUUUCUCUGUGUAGGAAUGAUGUAAGGUCCAGUUUUCCAGCUCCAGCUAUUUAGUGUUUAAACUCAAGUGCCAAAGUGGUAUGACACAGCUAUUUACAUCAACCAUCAUUUUUUAUUUGUACAGUACACAAGAAUCUACUGUAUGCAUAUAGAUUUAUACUUAUAUAUUUUUUCCUUUUCAUUAGAGGCUUUCCUGUCCUCUUGGUAUUGACAGCUAAUGUUCUGUCCGAUCUCAGAAUCACUAAAGUGUGUUUCCUGCUGUAAAAGGAAAUGAUAAUAAUUUUUGUGUGUGAUGAUGAUCAGGAAACAGAGAAGCUGCUCGUUAGUAUGGUACAAAUUUGUAAAUUCUAUAGUGGAGUUCAUUCAAGUGUGAGUCAACCCCACCACACCACUACGAUACUGCAAAGCCCAUGAAGCCAUGCAAAUGUUCAUGACUGUUUACUUAGAUGUAUACAGGAUCACCAUGCCGUGAAGCAAUAAGUGUUGAAACCCUCUAUUUUUGUACAUAAGACUGUGAGCAUUAAUGAUAUAAAAGUCAGUAAUAAAAAUGAAAUAUUUUCAAAACCAAUGCCUCCAGAGUGUAUCUAUUAUAUUUGAAUAUCAUCAACCAUAUGCAUCUAGUGCAAGUAAUUCACCAGGAUCUCUCUUUAACACAUUAACAGAAAAAAAUAAAAUUAAGUUACAUGAAGAAGAAAGGGUCUUAAGCUUACCCAUACAUUGAAAUUUUGUAAGGUUAUUUGAUUUGCUUUAUUAUAAUUAUGUGACUUUGGUUUUAGACUUAUCAUCUUCCUCUGCUUUUUUGUUUGGCAUUGGACCCUUCUCUCCUGUGGUUUGCUCUUUUUGGAUUAUUACAUAGUGUGCCCGAGUUACCUUUACCUAGGGUAACUUAUUUCUUGUAUGUACUUUACUGUGUUGUAGACUAGUGGUAUCUACAUUGUAUACCGACCAAGGCUGUAGUAUUGGUAGAAACGAGUGAAAGAGAGAGUUUGAGAGAGGACUUCUGCACAACCAUCACCAACCAGGCACUCUCUUCUCUGUGAGGUCUUUCAUGAUUACCUGGAUGCGAGUGUCUGGUGGUUGAUGCAUUGUGCAGUGGCCGAGGGACCCAGGUACGUGGCCCACAUCCUGUGAUGUGAUCAUGACAUCACAAUUGCUCCCUGUGCAGCCAGGCCGGCCUUGCAUGUUGUAGCUCCCUAUAAGUCCGUUAAAUUUUGGGAGCGUUACUUUCUUGCUGUGGUAAUGUACUGAAUGUGCUAGAUUGUCUUUAUAAGUUUUUGGAUUUCUUUGUAAACCUGUAAGUUGGGCUUCCUGAGAUAUGAAACUAAAGGAUGUUUGUCUGAAGCAUUUCAUAUAAGACUGCUCAAAAUAAUUCCUAUGUGGAUAUUUUAAGCAGUUUUUUUUUUUUUUAUUAGAUAAGGGGAAAACAUGCUGUUCUAAUUAAAUGGAAGCUCCACUUGAGAAACACAUUGGACAUGAGAAACACGGGACUGUCUUGUGUUAAUGCCGAGAUAAACACAACCAACACAAACAUACACAUGGGGAUAUAAACACAAAAUAUAGGGUUGACCUAUGUUGGGUUAACCACAUGUAGGGUUGACCUCUGCUGUUGCCCCCUGAGGCCACAGUGCCCCACCCACCACCACCUGUUCACCAGGAAAUCAAUAAUGUAGCAUGUCAUAGGUAUCAAUUUUUUUUUCUUUUAAAAGUCAUUCUAUGCAAACUGAUUUUGCAUGCAAGUUCUAUAGAGACCCAUAGAGAAAGAGUUUAUAGUCUCCUUGAUUUCAUGAGUUUUUGGAAUGGUGGUGACCACAGGUGGUGGGGGGCGGCACCCCUGGUGUCCCCUGUAGCCGCGGUCAGUUACUUGAUACUCGCUGCCAGUCUCUUCCAUGUAUAUGCUCACAUUGCACACACACAUAUAUAGUAAUAUGUAGUACUUUUUGCAGCUUAAUUUUAGUGAUUCUAUUUAAGUGGCAGUUUGUGUGCAGAAGGGUGGUUUACCAUGGAUGAGGCGACAGUGUAAAAGAAAUAGAAAUUGGUAUUGUAGGUACAGCUGUACUGUAGUCGUGACUGAGCUGUAGGUUUGGUAUUGUAGCCGACCUAGCAUCAUAGUGCUCGCCCGACGCCUCUGUACAGGACCUUAGUCAGUCAGCCAGCCGCCGUAGCAGCUCGCAGCCCAGUUUCCACGGAAGUAAGAGGUUACUCUCGUUAACCAGCCCUCCAAGUGUUUUUCUUGACAGCAAUGGAUAUAAGGCCGCCAGCCAGCCAUUAACGCCUAAAACUAAUAUUGUGUUUCUUGAUAAAUUGUCAAAGUUUAGUUUCAUAGGUUAAUCAUGAUUUUGUGUUUGUUUUUUUGGUGGGUGUUUGGUGUUAAUGAGAGAUACUUGCAUUACUUUAGUUUCUGUCCCGUAUUGUGGAAUGCCACUGGAAUAUUCCACCCUCUAGAAGUUUCUAUUUUGUUUGUUUUAUUUAUAUUUGUUUGGCUGCGGGCUGCAGGCUUGCGGGCAGCUGAGAAUUUGUGAGCAUUGCACAGUGUAGUUUGUACAUCUAGUAAUAAAAUGUCUAUGGUAGAGAGUAA